UUCAGUUCUGACUGGUUGGGAGAUAAUCCAGACUGGAUGAUCACUGUCCAAACCGGAGCUGAGGUGGCCUGAACGACUGUGGUUAAAGUCACCUGGGUCUGGUGUGAAUGACAGUCGUCUCAACAACAUGAGCACUAACGAACCAAGUGGAAACAGUGCUUGGUCAACGAUCCCGCCUAGGAAAAUACCUGGAUCUUCCUACAACCUAGUCCAGUUGCCCCAGAUUGAACCCUUCUCUAAAAAAAUCUGUGUAGUACAGUAUACUCACCUCGAUUAUGAUUGUGUCUCACUAUGUCAGAUUCUGCAGACCACUGGAAAUUGGUACAAAGCAGAACUAAGUGGAGUUGUGGGGUUUGUACCCCAAAACUUCAUUGACAUUCAUCUGCCCAGCUGGUACCAGGAGGACUAUAGUCGCAGCGAGGCCCAGGAGAAACUAAUGUCGCAGCCUGCGGGGACCUUCAUCAUAAGGGGCAGUCAGAAUGGAGUCCCUGGUGACUUCUCCAUCUCUGUCAGACAUGCAGCACAUGUGCAGCACUUCAAGGUGAUGCGGAACAGCAGAGGGCAGUAUUAUCUCUGGUCUGAAAAGUUCCCUUCUCUCAACCAGCUGGUGGAAUAUUACAAAAAAAACUCUGUCUCCAAACAAAGUCAGAUGUUCCUGAAAGACACAGACCAACAGAAAUGGCGCAGCAAAGGCUCAGAAAUGUUUCCUCCUCUACCUGUUCCUUCACACUCCAGCGGUUCACCUACACCUGCACCACAACAGCAACGGCCGAGCAGAGGCUCAGAAAUGUUACUUCCUCUACCCAUUCUUCCACUCUCCAGUAGCUCACCUACACCUGCACCACGACAGAAAAGACACGGCAGAGGCGCUGAAAUGUUACUUCCUCUACCCACAUUUCCACGCUCCAGCAGCUCACCUGCUGCACAACAGCACAAAACCUCAUCCACGCUGCAAGUCAGAGCUCUGUACAGUUUCCAUGCUGAAGAGAGGGACGAGCUGGAGUUCAACGCCGGCGAUAUCAUAGAGGUCUUGGAGAGCUCCGAUAAGGACUGGUGGAAAGGCAAGCUCAGGGGCAAAACGGGACUGUUCCCCAGCAAUUACAUCAAACCCAUCUGAGAGGAAGACACACAGACAAGCACAUUUAAUAUUACAGUAACUAUAUGUCUAAGGUUUAAUCUUGUAACUUGACCCUAACAAAAGGCAUGUCCCAUGUCUUGUGUCAGCUGCCUAUGUUAAAAUGGAGACUUGAAAACGUGUUAGCUGAGGUGCACACAGAUCUACUGAUCAUGGGUUUCUAUUUCUCAUCAUUACAGACAAUUAAUAAAACUGUUGUAAAACACUUUUCAGAAUUUUCACAUAAACAGCAUUUACUGAAGUCAAUAUUAGUACAUUUAUUUAUUAGGCUAUCAUAAAGAUGAGGAAUUUGAGAUGAAGACAUUUGGUUUUACAAAGUGAUCGAUAGCACAAAAAAGUCAAAUUAAUGACAUUUGUAUACACAAACAUAUGUUUGUAUUGUAGUUAUAUAACAUUAUAUAUAAUAUAACACAGCUGUCCUUUUUUUAUAUAUAGAAUACAGUCUGAAUAUUAGACAUAAAAGUAACCUGCAAUAUACAAGUAAUGUAACAAUAUUUAAUUUAGGAUUUUUUAAAACAAAUUUAAUACUUUAUAUUGUUGGUUCCAUAAACUGAAACUCAGGUCUGCCACUUUGUAAGUCCAACAUAAUGUAAAAAUCCGGUCUGUGUAAUGUUACUGUAAUCUAAGAACCUCUGAAUUUGUAGCUCGUUGCCCAUAGAAAUGUUCUGCGAAGCCUAAAUGUUCAUUGUAUUAGUUUUGUGUGUUGUGAUCAUGUCUG